AAGUCUCAUGUGCCUGGCCCUGUGCUUGGCACUGGACAAAAUCCACACCCACCUUGACUUUUCCAGUCUAGCUGGGAAGACAGGUAAUAAAUAAACAAGGUAAUUAGAGACUGGCUACAUCGUAUAAUGGAAACAAACAGCUAUGCAGCAGAGGGUAGCCAUUAAGAGGGCCUGGCCAAGGGAGGUGCUAUUUUAGCAGCUACCAGCAAUGGGAAGGUCUGUGGGUAGGGCACCCCUGGUGGAGGCAAUAGCAGGGCAAAGGUCAGGUGGCAGGAAUGGGUGUGUCAGCCAGUGUGGCUGGAGCCUUUCAGACCUGGCUCUGGCUCGCCUGGGAGGGUUGUAAGUGAGGCUGAGGUGGUCCUGUCUGUCUUAGAUGUUUUCUUUGCUACUUUGUGGAUGGGGAACUGCCAGUGGCAGCUGAGGCGGCUGUGGGUCCAGUCCUGGACUGUACUACUGGUGUCUGGGACAAGCUUCCCUUAUCGCUGCUGAAGACUGCUCAGAAUCACCCCAUGUUGGUGGAGCUCAAAAAUGGGGAGACAUACAAUGGGCACCUGGUGAGCUGUGACAACUGGAUGAACAUUAAUCUGAGAGAAGUGAUCUGCACAUCCAGAGAUGGGGACAAGUUCUGGCGGAUGCCUGAGUGCUACAUCCGAGGCAGCACCAUCAAGUACCUGCGUAUCCCUGAUGAGAUCAUCGACAUGGUCAAGGAGGAGGUGGUAGCUAAGGGCCGUGGCCGAGGUGGCCUGCAGCACCAGAAGCAACAGAAGGGCCGAGGCAUGGGGGGUGCUGGACGAGGUGUGUUUGGCGGCCGAGGCCGAGGUGGGAUCCCUGGCACAGGCCGAGGCCAGCCAGAGAAAAAGCCAGGCAGACAGGCGGGUAAGCAGUGAGACCGCCCAGAGACUGGUCACCAUGCAUCACAUCUCAGGCAGCCACCCUCCCACCAGCGUGGUGUGUUCCUGUUCUCCAUGGAUCUGUUCAGAAAGAAAGGAAGAGGCAGGUGUUGGGGGAGGACCCUUAACACUCCGCUCCCACCACAUUUUGUGACCCUCAUCUUAGAGUCCCUUUUUUGUUUUUUAAAGCCAGCAGUUCUCCAGUUAAAAAUGUUAUUAUUCAGGGGUUUUGGUUUUGUGAAGUUGCUGUCCCCACAGCCACCUGGAUUCCUGGAAGAUUCUGUGUAUUAAAGGCAUCUCUGAA